UUUGCUUCAUCGUCCAUCCCUGCUACCACAUACAUUUGCUUCAGCUCCCAAAUUAAGAAUUAUACUCUUAGUUGAUCAAAAUAUAUAUAAAACAUUGUUAGCUCACUAACCACCCACUAACGUACAGGCGAUAAAAUGGCAAGAACAGAAACUGUUGCAGCAUGGGCUAUUGCAGCAGGGAAUGCUGUGGCAGCAAUUUUUGGGAUCUUCGCCUGGGUAGCCCAUGUCCCUCCAAAGGUAGACACCGUAAUUCAGGUUAUAGAAGCAAUCGGUAUUGGUUGUGCUCUUAUAGCUCUUAUUUGUUUGGGAUGUCAAACUAGCCGCAAAAGCCGCCUCUCGCCAUGUUGUCUCCACGGGUUGCUUUAUUGGAUCAUAUGGCUGUUGACCAUCGCAGGAGGUUUGUCUGUAGUGUUACGAAUUCUCAUCGGUGUUGGAAUUCUUUUUUGCUUUUCGGCGGCGGUGUGUGUUGGGGUUUUCUACCGCAAAAAAGCUCCGGACUCUUCAUAAUACAGUAAUAUAACCCGGAUUCUGGAAAGAAUCUAUAUAUCAUCAAGAAAGGCCCGGCCCUAAUCUAUCUAUUUCAUCACCACUGUGUUAGCCUGCAGCCAGCUGGAAGCUAAUUUAUGUUUAUGUUUCUCUUUCUCUUGUAAUUCAAUCUGAAUUCAAUGAGUAUUGUCAGAUUGGUAGGAUCCAAGUAUAGUAAUCUUAUUUAAUUAAUGCAUCACCUUCGUUAUUUUUUGUAUCACUUUCUUUAUUUAUUAAUUGCAACAUUGUUGAAUUUUGUGUUAUUCCCUUAUUCUAGUUUGAC